AUGCGAGAAACCCGGUCUAGAAAUAGCCGAAGCCUUCGGUUCGGAGGAAUCAAACGUGCGCUGUUGCGAGAUGGAUUCUGCACGCGAGCUCAGCAGCGAGGCCACAGCGACGCCACAGCGAGAGUGCAGGGAGACCGCAGCGACGAUGGCGUUCUGCAUGGUCGAUAAUUUUCGACUACCAGCCAUGCACGGUAGUCGGAAGACGACGAUGAUGGCGUUCUGGAUGAUCGAUCAUUUUCGGACAUCGUACACGCCUAAUUCACGCAAUGCUGCAUUCGGCCUCCAGACCGAGGCAUGUGCAAGGCAGCGCAUGUGCGUCGCAGGCAGCCGGUUCUCUCUAAGGGAAUCACCAGAGAGUCUCUGGUGCAGCGGCAGCGGAGCAGCGUGAUGCUCGUGUGCAAUGGUCUUAGUGACACCUCCGACCGCAACAGCCUUGAGCGCCAUGAGGCAGAGCAACGUGGAAAGCGGCUACAAGCGGGAGAUCAGAGUGGUCGAUGAAAGCGGCACUUAUCACCAGUCGCAGCAGGCUACCUCACCACUGUCAGGCUACUAUUCCAUUCCCGCUAGCUGGCAAAUGCGGCUGUCCUCGGGAAUAUCAAGUCAGCAGAUUGGGGAAGGCUGGGGAUUUGCAGGUCUGGCAGGAGUGGCAGGGGUGCCGAGCCAGCAGCCACAUGGGACAGGCUGGUUGAGGCUGCGGCGAGUGCGAGGGACAAGCUGGACACUCUCCAGAGGAUACAGAGUGCAGAGUACACCCAUUGGGUCAAUGGAGGAGCGAUGGCAAUCCCAGCGUUUUCUGCGGGGCGGCUUGAGGGUGCAGAGGCAGGUGUGGCGUGGCUGGUGGUGGAUGGCUUGUGUCUGCUGCGUGCUGGCUGCCUUGACUUGCUGCUUUUGGCUGGUGGGCUGUGCGUGCUGGUGCUAUGGCUGGUUUGGCUGCACGGCCCAGCAGCAGCAGCAUCAGCUGUCCCUGUGAUGCCUUGGCCCUGUUGCGUCUGGUACGGGCAGCAGAGAAGUGCCCUUGCAUGUUGGUGCGUUGUGGAGUCUAUUUUUGAGGCGCCUAAAAAAUACGGGCAGCAGAGAAGUGCCCUUGCAGGUUGGUGCGUUGCUGCUGAUGGUAAGCUGAGAUGACACAGUUCUGCUCAAGUCUGCACGAUCUGUCACAAAUUCCUAUCAGCAGCAAGUUUCCCACCCUAGUCAUAUAGAAAUUUCAACAGCAAGUAGCAAGUUUCCCAACCUCAUUCCCUUAAGAGUAAUAUUUUGCUGACACAUGAUAUCCAGUCAAAAGUGAAUAAACAAACACACAACUCAUGCUAUACCUUCACAUGGGUAUGCAUUCUGUUGGAAAUAUCUCAAGGACUUAAGCGUUUCUGAAGUGUAACACUGUACUCGAGGAAGAUUACAGGGGAGCACGCGAGUCAACGGAGGUUACACGAGGGGGCGGACAAAGAAAGCGAAAGGACUCGAAAGGUCGCAACUGGAGGUUGCGACUGACCGUUACAACAUCACAGAUGGUAACCGAAGCGGCAAUCGAGUCGCUGUGCGACUCGAUAAACCGCUCCUGUAACU